ACUUUGUGAUUACUUCAAUUUCUCUGCCUUUAAAUAAAGUACAACAGAAAUGCAACCUUGGUUUGAAUAGCCGCUAGAUGGCGCAACUGUGGAUUUAAUUUAUUCGACUGUUGCCUAGCAACAAGGUCAACAAACCGAACUCAAGGUUGAGAACGCGGCAUGAAGCCUGAAUUAAAUAAACUAUUUUAAUGUUGUAAGAAACCAAUAAUUGUACUUCCAUUCUGGUAAAAACUUUUUACACUAUAAUUUGGGAAAUGUUGCCUUGGCUGUUCAAUCAACUUUAAAUGUAAUUGUGAAAGUCCAGUAACUGCAGAAAAACAGCGUAGCACUAGUUGUUUAAAAGUCAUGGAGUGCGACAGUCCUCAAAAACCUCGUAUCUUCGUGGAGAGAACGCUGGCUUUAAUUAAACCUGAUGCCAUCCACAAAACUGAUGAAAUCGAGGACGUUAUUCUUCAAUCUGGCUUUACAGUUCUUCAGAAAAGAAGGCUUCAGCUGAGUCCAGAGCAAUGCAGUGAUUUCUACGCUGAGCAUUAUGGGAAGCUGCAUUUUCCCCAUCUGACUGCCUUCAUGAGCUCCGGACCGGUUGUUGCUCUAGCACUGGCCCGACACCAGGCUAUUGCCACCUGGAAAGCCAUAAUGGGACCAGUCAGCAGCAUAAAAGCUAGAGAGACACAUCCUGACUGUCUGAGAGCGAGGUUCGGCACGUGUGACCUGCGGAAUGCGGUGCAUGGCAGCGAAUCCUUCUCUGCUGCUGAGAGGGAGAUCAGGUUCAUGUUUCCCAACUCUGUGAUUGAACCUAUUCCUAUGGGAGAUGCUGCCAAAGAUUACUUGAGCAGGUACGUCAGCCCAACACUUCUCACCGGACUGACAGAGCUGAGCAAGAAAAAGCCACUGGACCCUUUUACAUGGCUUGCAGACUGGUUGAUGAAGAAUAACCCUAAUAAGCCCAAAAUAUCUGAUGGAACAGUAGUAGAGGAGGCAGCAGUGUGAUCUUUUGUUUUUCUUUCCUCAAGCAAGAAGAAUUUACCAACAAGAAGAUACUGUAUUGCUCCAUUUUGGACGUUUUCUCUCAUAUCAUUCGAACUGUUUUAUAAAGUAAAGUUUUGCAAUUUUGUCUUA